AUGGAGAAGCCUCAAGUGCGCCGUUUCCUGGCCAAAAUCACCGAGUUACUCACCGGGAAAGUCAUGUACGCUAUGUUUCGCAGACGUCUUCCCUCGGCGCGAAAAGCCGUAUGGACCUCAGGCCCCCUGAGGUCGGAGACAUAUCAAAUGUCUCCGAAGGUGAGGACCAGCACGGGUAAGCUCUAUGUCUCCGGAGGUGAGGACAUGGCCCAAGGUCGAAUGCAUAAGAGGUCCCAUGGGGCAACGCUCAAUGUUUGA